AUGGAAGUGGAUCCGAGGCAGUUGGAGAAGUGGGCACUGGAGGCUGACAUCCGAGCACUACUGGGAUUAGAUCGUGACAAUUCUGAGUACGGGGCGCAGGUUGGCGAGGUUGCCAAUCUAUCUAGGUGGUACAGAGGAUUUGGUUUUUUGGGUGUGGGAGCUUUGACUCAUUUGCAGCAGUCUGGUCCGCCAGCUAGAGAGGCUCAGUGUUACCUUAUUUUGCUGCUUGGGUCCACACUGUUCGUAGAUAAGAGUAAGGAUCGCGUUUCUGCUGUUGUCAACUUGUUUGUGAAGAGGCCGGAUAUGCUAGGAGAGUACGCGUGGGGGGCAAGAGCACUUGCUUAUCUGUACAGGCAGCUUGGUAUUGCCUCCCGGGCGGAGUCUAAGGGAGUGGCGGGUUGUCUGACUUUACUACAGUGUUGGAUUUACGACCACUUUCCUACCUUGAGGCCUAGACGGUUGGAGCCACGAGAGUUGGAGCAGGGGCAGGCAGGAGCAUUCAGGUGGCGCGGUAUCUCACCCCACUCGACGAAGAAGAGGGAUGCACAAAUGCUGGCUUAUUAUCGGCAGGCGAUUGAUACUUUGACCCCUCAGUUAGUUUGUUGGACUCCGUAUGGUCAGAGUCCUCAUCUAACGGUGAGACAUACCUUGUAUCAGGGUCUUCUUAGAUUUGCAGAGAUAGUAGAGCCAUAUGAUCCCACUAGGUGCCUCCGACAGUUAGGAUACGUGCAGAGUGUACCGUAUCCCCCGGAGCGUCCGCUUGUUGUGCGUCGACCUGCUUCCACGCUUGGAUACUCUCUUAGCUACCAGUCUGUUUAUGAUUCGUGGUGGAACAACUUGGGGGCGCAUAGUGUGCAUCUGGACCUUUAUUCUACUCCGGUACGACGUAGGCCAUGGGAGUUUGUUGAGGAUUACAUGGGGUGGUACAUUAGGCACUCGCACCCACAGAUAGUGAGUGACAGCCGACCUCGUCGCGACAUCGCGGAUGCUGAUACGGUUAGUACGAUCAUAUUUGAAAUUAUUUGUAUUAAGUAA